UCCGAUCCGAUCAAAGCAUAACCAGCGCUUUUAUAGCUAAUACAUAGAGUGAGACUGUAGAAUGAAAGAACAAAAGAAAAUAUUAGAGAGAGAAAGAGAGUGAUAGAGAGAGAAACAUAACAAAAUAUGGCUGAAGAGAGUGGAGCUAGCAAGGUAUUGGUAUUUGGUGGAACUGGGUAUAUUGGGAGUUAUGUGGUGAAGGCAAGCGUUUCUUUGGGUCAUCCAACUUACGUUUAUUCAAGAGAUCUCACUCCAGAAACUCCUCCUCCUAAGAAGGAAAUCCUUCAACACUUUGAGUCCAUCGGAGUCAGCAUUGUUUAUGGAACAUUGGAGGAGCAAGAGAAGCUUGUUGGGGUUCUUCGGCAAGUAGAUGUUGUGAUUUGCACGUUUGCUUUUCCUCAGGUUCUUGACCAACUCAAGAUUAUAGACGCCAUCAAAAUUGCUGGAAAUAUUAAGAGAUUCAUUCCGGCAGAUUUUGGGCUUGAAGAGGAGCGAGUUAAGCCUUUAAAACCUUUCCAAGAAUUACUUAACAAAAAGAGCGAAGUGAGAAGGGCUGCAAAAGAAGCUGGGAUCCCAUACACUUUUGUUUCUGCAAAUUUCUUGGGCGCUUAUUUCAUGAAUAAGAGGCUUUGCCCUCAUGAGAACCCAGAUCAACUCGUUAUCUUCGGAUCUGGCGAUGUCAAAGUGGCUUAUGUCUAUGAAGAGGAUCUUGGUGCAUACACAGUCAAGGCAGCAAAUGACCCGAGAACACUCAACCGUAUCGUCAACUGUAGGCCACGAGCGAACAUAAUUACAACACAUGAGUUAUUUGCUCUGUGGGAGAAGAAGACUGGUCGAACUUUCAAAAAAGUUUAUGUCACUGCAGAGGAGCUCGUCAAACUGGCCGAGACCCUACCAAGUCCGCAAAAUGUUGGGCCGUGUAUCCGUCAUGCUGCAUACGUGAAGGGUGAGUCGGUGAUCGACUUUGAAGGCGGAGAGGAAGAGAUUCUUGAAGCUUCGCAGCUCUAUCCAGAUCAUAAAUACACUACAAUCGAUGAACUUCUCGACAUUAUGCUGGUUAACCCCCCUAAGCCGGCAAGCACUGCGAUGGGAUGAGUUCCUCAAGUUGAUGGUGGUAUUUGCGUACACAACAGGUUUUAAAGUGAUGAAAAUGUUGGUCGUUAUGAAGUGCGUUGGACUUUGGUCAUUUUGGUGCGGGGUUCGGAUUGUCGCAAUUUGCACUUUUUUUAUUUGAAUUGUAGUAUAAAAUCUGAACCCAGAAUAAAAUUUGAACCUGUGUUUAAAUACAUGUUGAAAAUAUUAAUUUUGGGGAAAAAAUUGUGUUCUGUAUCAAAUGGGUUCAGAUUGGAUGAAUAUUUGGAAGGGGAGGUAAAUUCUGAAUUGGUCAGUUUCAACUGGCACAAUCUGAAUAAAGUUACCAAAGUAACUUAUAAAACAACAUUUCGGGUUGGGCUCAUAGGAUUAGACAACCUGAACCCACGUGUCAAACACCCCCUUUGUUAUGCAACAGUACAUUACUCAUGACUUUGAUUGCCAAUUAGAAAUCAGAGUUAACUAUCAGUCUAUCAGGUCAUAUAGUUGCUAAAAUUUA